CAGGCGCGAGCAGGGAGCUGCAGUGACACUACGGACAGGCAGAGGACAUCCGCGAGACUGUGCCAACGAAGCUAACGUUAGCGAACUUAUCCAGCUGCGAAGGAGAACACGACACUUAAGACGACUGCGGUCAUCACCAACAAAUUCUGGGAAUCCAAGGACGUUUUUUUUUUUUUGACGUUGCUCUUUCCGUGGAAUAGGAAUUAUGCCUGUUGAACACAUUGCAAAUUCGGUGUAAUUCAUAGUACACCCGGGUGGGAAACUGGGAGAGAAGCUACUUAGCCGGCUAGCUGACGCUUCGCUCUUGAUUCUGCUAAUUUACUGGUUAGCUAGCUAGCUUGACAGAUAGGUUGUCCAUGUCUCUGAAUCUUGUGUGUUAAUUCCCUCCGUUUGAGCCUACUACCCGGUGAACGUAGACUAGAUAUUAUUUGCCACUUUAGUUCGUACGGCUAUUUUCCUUGCUUGGAAGGUUGUACGGCUGGUCACACGAGGUGGAGUCGGGAUAAGGCAAGUCUGUCCUAACGCGGCUGUCCACCAUGGAGAACGCUCACACGAAGCCUGUCGACGAAGUUUACUGGUAUUUUGACGUGAAGGAAAGCACGGGACUGGGUCUUGAACAGGUGAAGCAACUGAAGGAAAAAUGGGGGCCAAAUGAGCUACCCGCGGAAGAGGGAAAGUCUCUGUGGGAACUCGUAAUCGAACAGUUUGAGGAUUUGCUCGUCAGAAUUCUCCUACUGGCAGCGUGCAUAUCUUUUGUGCUGGCGUGGUUCGAGGAGGGAGAGGAGACCAUAACGGCCUUUGUGGAGCCUUUUGUCAUUUUGCUUAUUCUAAUAGCUAAUGCCAUUGUAGGCGUGUGGCAGGAGCGGAAUGCGGAGAACGCCAUCGAGGCGCUGAAGGAGUAUGAGCCCGAGAUGGGGAAGGUGUACCGGCAGGACAGGCAGAGCGUUCAGAGGAUCAGAGCGCGCGACAUCGUCCCAGGGGACGUCGUGGAGGUGGCAGUGGGAGACAAGGUUCCUGCCGACAUCCGCCUCACAUCCAUCAAGUCCACCACACUGAGGGUGGACCAGUCCAUCCUGACCGGAGAGUCCGUUUCGGUCAUUAAGCACACGGACCCUAUCCCGGACCCUCGCGCUGUCAACCAGGACAAGAAGAACAUGCUGUUUUCAGGCACCAACAUCGCGGCCGGCAAGGCGGUGGGCGUGGUGGUGGCGACGGGCGUGAACACGGAGAUCGGGAAGAUCCGGGACGAGAUGGUGGCCACGGAGCAGGAGCGCACGCCCCUGCAGCAGAAACUGGACCAGUUCGGCGAGCAGCUCUCCAAGGUGAUCUCGGUGAUCUGCGUGGCCGUGUGGCUGAUCAACGUGGGCCACUUCAGCGACCCGGUGCACGGCGGCUCCUGGGUGCGUGGCGCCGUGUACUACUUCAAGAUCGCCGUGGCGCUGGCCGUGGCCGCCAUCCCCGAGGGCCUGCCCGCCGUCAUCACCACCUGCCUGGCGCUGGGCACGCGACGCAUGGCCCGCAAGAACGCCAUCGUGCGCAGCCUGCCCUCCGUGGAGACGCUGGGCUGCACCUCCGUCAUCUGCUCCGACAAGACCGGCACCCUCACCACCAACCAGAUGUCCGUCUGCAGGAUGUUCACCGUUGACACGGCAGAGGGCGACAGCUGCUCUCUGAGUGAAUUCACCAUUACCGGCUCUACCUACGCACCUGAGGGGGCAGUGUACCAAAAUGGCCGCCAAGUGCGGUGCUCAGAUUACGACAGUCUGGUGGAGCUGGCCACUAUCUGUGCCCUCUGCAACGACUCCUCCCUGGACUUCAACGAGGCUAAAGGUGUAUAUGAGAAGGUGGGAGAGGCCACAGAAACGGCCCUCUCCUGCCUGGUGGAGAAGAUGAACGUCUUCAACACCGACUUAAGAAACCUGUCCAAGGUGGAGAGAGCCCACGCCUGCAAUUCAGUGAUCAGUCAGCUGAUGAGGAAGGAGUUCACUCUGGAGUUCUCCCGGGACAGGAAGUCCAUGUCCGUGUACUGCACCGCCAACAAGGCACACGCCUCCUCGGGCAAGAUGUUCGUCAAGGGAGCCCCAGAGGGUGUGCUGGACCGGUGCACACACGUGCGUGUGGGGGGCAGGAAGGUGCCUCUGACGGCGGGCAUUAAGGAGCAGAUCCUGGCUGUGAUCCGGGACUACGGGACGGGCCGGGACACCCUGCGCUGCCUGGCCCUCGCCACGCGAGACUCGCCCCUGCACAGGGACCAGCUGCGCCUCGACGACUCCACCCGCUUCAUUCAGUACGAGACGGACCUGACCUUCGUGGGCUGCGUGGGGAUGCUGGACCCUCCCCGGGCGGAGGUGGCGGCCUCCAUCAAGCUGUGCCGCCUGGCGGGCAUCCACGUCAUCAUGAUCACCGGCGACAACAAGGGCACGGCCGUGGCCAUCUGCCGCCGCAUCGGCAUCUUCGGGCCCCAGGAGGACAUCGGCGGGAAGGCCUACACCGGCCGCGAGUUCGACGACCUGCCCGCCCCCGCCCAGCGCCAGGCCGUGCUCACCGCCCGCUGCUUCGCCCGCGUCGAGCCCUCCCACAAGUCCAAGAUCGUCGAGUACCUGCAGUCCUACGACGAGAUCACCGCCAUGACGGGAGACGGUGUGAACGACGCCCCCGCGCUGAAGAAGGCGGAGAUCGGCAUUGCCAUGGGCUCAGGGACGGCGGUGGCCAAGUCGGCCUCGGAGAUGAUCCUCGCCGACGACAACUUCUCCACCAUCGUGGCCGCGGUGGAGGAGGGCCGGGCCAUCUACAACAACAUGAAGCAGUUCAUCCGCUACCUCAUCUCCUCCAACGUGGGCGAGGUGGUCUGCAUCUUCCUGACGGCGGCGCUGGGGUUCCCCGAGGCUCUGAUCCCGGUGCAGCUGCUGUGGGUGAACCUGGUGACCGACGGGCUGCCGGCCACGGCUCUGGGCUUCAACCCCCCCGACCUGGACAUCAUGGACCGGCCCCCCCGCAACGCCCGCGAGCCCCUCAUCUCCGGCUGGCUCUUCUUCAGAUACCUGGCCAUCGGAUGCUAUGUGGGCGCGGCCACAGUGGGGGCGGCGGCCUGGUGGUUCAUCGCUGCUGAGGACGGCCCCCGAGUCUCCUACUACCAACUGAGUCACUUCCUGCAGUGCUCUGCGGAGAACCCCGAGUUCCAGGGGGUGCAGUGUCACGUGUUUGAGUCGCCCUAUCCCAUGACCAUGGCCCUGUCCGUGCUCGUCACCAUCGAGAUGUGCAACGCCCUCAACAGCCUGUCGGAGAACCAGUCUCUGCUGCGCAUGCCCCCCUGGAAGAACAUGUGGCUCCUGGGGGCCAUCUGCCUCUCCAUGUCCCUCCACUUCCUCAUCCUCUACGUGGAGCCGCUCCCGAUGAUCUUCCAGAUCACCCCUCUGGACGUGACGCAGUGGCUGAUGGUGCUGAAGAUCUCCCUGCCGGUGAUCCUGCUGGACGAGGUCCUGAAGCUGGCCGCGCGGGUGUACCUGGAGCGGGGCGGGGAGACGGAGCCCCAGGCCGCAGGGAAGGGCGUGCUGGCCGCCUGCCUGCAGGGCGUGUCCUGGCCCUUCGUCCUCCUCUUCUUCCCCCUGGUGCUGUGGCUGUACAGCACCGACACCAACCUGGCCGAGCUGUUCGGCUCCUGACUGCCCGUCGAGUGAGCCCGCGUCUGCAUGGCCCGUGCCGUUUAAAUUAACACACGAACUCACCCAGCGCCAACGGUACAGAAAAAAAAUAAAUAACCAGACCAAGUUAGAUGUUUCUCAGCCAAAUUUUUAAUUGGAUUAAAAAAAGAUAAUGUAGAGAAUUGUGGUUCAGCAGUUUGUAAGCCAGCAGUGCUGCUUCCUCCUCUGGAACAUCCACUGAACUGAUUGGAGAAUAUAUCAUUUUCAGGUUUAUUUUCCCCGCCCCCCCUCCCCCACUGUGAUUAUUGCUUUUUAAAUUUGUACAUUUUUUUUUUUUUUUUUUGAGUGGACUGGUAUGUCCAUUUGUCAUUUCACAAUGUGUCCUUCCUUUUUUAAAAAUGUUUUAUAUUUGCUGCCCUCCUUGUCCACGAGGAGCUGGUAAAUUUAUGAUGUGUACAGAGAUUUAACACUAUUUUCUGCGUUCUUCUUUUUUUUUUGUAUUUGUGAGAAGGAUCAAUUCAGAGCUGUUAGCAGAGCUGUUUACUACCAAGUUGUCAGUGUGAGUCUCUCUCUCUCUCUCUCUCUCUCUCUCCCCCUCUCCCUCUCUUGGUUCUUUCCACUCGUUUAUUUUUACCUCCUUGAUUCCUUUCCUUGCUCCAAGCUGAUCCCAUUGGAGGAGGCAAGGAAAGGAAGCAAGAAAAGGAUGGCAUAGACUGAAAUUAGGGUUUUAAUCAUGUUUUCUUGCCCUAGAAUCAGUCAGGAGCCACGUAGCUCCUUCGAGGAUAAUUUAAAAGGUUGGAAUUACCUCAAUUCCUUUCAGAAUCAUUCGAAGACCGAGGAGACCAGGAUGGAUAAAAUAAGCGAUUGGAAUUACCCCCCCCCCCCCUCUCUCUCUCUCUCUCUAUCUCUCUCUCUCUCUCUCUAUGUCUCCUCUUCUUUUCUUCUCUCUCUGUCUCUCAUGGGAAUGUUUGUGCAGUGACUAAAACACCCCACUGGAAACCGAAGCCAAUUGAGCUGGGUUCCCGCAAGAAUGUUCCGCACGGAUUCACCCUCUCUAACAUCCCCUGCAUCACCGAAACGCAGCACUGCUUGCUUUCUUUUUUCCAACUUGUGUUUUUGUUUUUUUUUCUCUUUGCUUUGACUCAAAAUUUGGCUUUUAUUUCUGAACUACAGCUACCUCAGUGCUAUCAAUUUUCAACUUGGGGAGGAUGUACUGUUUCUUUGGGGGGGGGUUGAUUUGGAGUGCUGUAACAGUAAUAACACGGAUUCUCUUCACUAACCCCACACUCGCCUCUCGGCUCUGUGUUCUUACCAUCGACUCGUCCCUUUCCCCUCACGCCGAUGGCACAACAUUCCAGCUGGUUCCAUUCUUCCAUGAACACUCAUCGUGGAAAUAUUCUGUUACCACGUGACCAACAUUCUGUCCUGAAAUAUAGCCGCAGGACCUCUCCUGUAGGACAAGAACACUGCAGAAGAGAAGUAUUUUGGGUACAGAUUGGAGGACGAUAGCAAUUUGACAGCAUUAACAUUCCGCGAGGAUUUAUGGUAGAUUAAUUUCACACGCCUAGGUUGAAGUUGAGUGAAGUGGGGAUGCAGGUGAGCUCCCUGCACUGCAGUCCGCUGCUUCCGGCAUGUUCCAACGAAGGGCAUCUGCGCACAGGGAGGCACGCGAUCGUGUCCUGAGCACCAAUGGAGCGGCGUCUGCUGACGCUAAUGGUUCUGCGUUAACGGCAUGCCAUGCUAACGUAUGCUACUUUGUGCGCUAAUGUAGCAGCAUUAGGGAGCAGCGAGUUUUGAGGAGUGAAUGUAGCCUAGCUAGCUCUGUACAGCACUCCUCCAGCUGCACCACGUCCGAUCCUGUUCUCCUGGGCCUCCCCUCUCUUUCUGUCACUCCGUGAGUAUCUUUCCUCCUGCACGCUCCCAUUCGCUGCUUCCACCUGUCACUCGCACCUGGAUUCCCGCCUCUUUUCCCACCUCAGCCAGUAAGUAACAGGGACGCACCUCACUCUGGGGUGGAGGGAGGGGGGCUUCCAUCUAGGCCCACACUGGCUUCCAGGCUGUAGUGAGUCAUUUUAUUAUUGUUCAUUGUGCCAGUCUGUCUUUCAAUAGCGCAGAGUAAGGGAGUCACACUGGCAGUCUCCCAGGAUGAAGUAUGGGAGCACACCCACUGGGAUUGAACUAGAGCGAGGCCCUUGUCCCCCCAAACCAGGGUUACCCCAGGCCUCUUGUCCCAGGCUCCCCUGCCCAGACCCAAACAAUAUCCUGGGUACCAUAGAAUAUAGGAAUACACAGGUUAGGGUUUCUUCAAGUUUAAAAUGGCACACUGCAUGAAUCCUCUGAAAGUGGCCAAAAAUAGAGCACACAGAUAUGACAGAGCUCUGCUUCACGUACUUCCCCCCCCCCCCCCAGCCAGUUUCUGCUAUGGCAAGGGUGUCAAACUCCAGUCCUGGAGGGCCACAGUGUCUGCUAGUUUUCGGGUUGUUCCCGUUACCUGUGGUUCAUUCAAGUCUUUGAUUGGUUAAGGAAUCCACACACCUUGCGCUCAAGGCCUACAUUGACAGCUGAUUGAAAGGAAACCCCAAAAACCUGCAGACACUGCGGCCCCCUGGGAAUUCAGUUUGACACCCCUGUGCUAUGGCAAGGGUGCACAACUCUGGCCCCUGGAGCAUCUGUGCGCUGGUUCAUAUUCCAACCAAUUAACUUUCUUUUAGUUUGCCAACAUCUUUAUAAACUACAGUAGACCGGCUCACUCCUGUACUUGAGCAGAGUAAAGAUCUUUGACACACCACGGGCUGUAGCUGGUGCUUGUACAUAUAUCAGAUAAGGAUGGUUGAGAACUGAACAAAUAAAGAGCCAAAGAGAUAUUUGAGACGGAGUGGGCCUUGGGCACCAUUGUACUUAUCAGACAUGGACCAAUCUGAUGGUCACAAUACAGGGACCAUUGCUCCUCAUUGGAUCGAGCUGCUCUUUGUGAUUUUCACAGGCAAUCAAGUCGAGUGAUGAUAAUAAGAUUCCACUUUUGAUGGUGUAAGAUCACAAAUAUGAUUUGAAUGUUCUUAACUGAUAUAAGAAUCACUACUUGAAAACAAUUGAGUUCUUUAACAUUUACUUGGAAUUUUGAGAAAAAAAAAUUACAUUCCAAAAUGUCUCCCCUGUCAGGUCACUUGUGAUUUUAUGAUUUAUGAUAUUAAGUAAUAGUCGAGGCUUUGAAGUUCCUGCUUCUCUCUCCCAGGACCCUUUUACUCACACGUCUUGGUAUACUGGUAGCAUUAGGCCCUCUGAAAUCCAGAAAGUCAGUAAUGUGUUUUCCAUUAUAUCUGUUCAACAAAGCACAUUUGGGCUAGGCAUAAAUUCAACCUAAAUGUGUGUAGUGCAAGUGUCAGAGAGCUAAGCAGUACUGUAUUUUUAGACAUUUAAAAUGUGCCAAGGAAUGAAGUUAAAUGCUGCUUAUAUGCAUUUAAAAAUAAGAACAGGGACAGGUUAACAGAGAGCUGUAAGUGUUAUUGCGUAUAAUCCUGAACCCUUCGUAUUACCUGUAAAGGGGGUGACCACCCUGAACAUCCUGGCUGUAUGGAGAGACGUUGGCUCAACCUCAAAUCAAACCUGAAGGUGUAGAAUGUCUUAUUGUAUAAAUGUACAAUAUACAGUAGUGCAUGUCAUCUUGUAAGUGACCAAACCCAUUUUAUCAGUGAGUUUAUAUAUUAAGUAGCUUCUAGCUAUGUACAAUAUUAAAUUCUAAUAAAUCUAUAUAAUGAAUUACACCCCAUGUUUAUGUAGUACAGACUAACUGGGAACCACAGAUUUGUUUCAUUAUGAGACACUUUUCCAAAGGACAUUUUUUAAGAGGUGGUGCAAAAUAACCAAAUAGAUUUCAUUAUUUUGUUCAGCACUGUUAUGUAUAUUAUUUAAAUAAAGGCUGCAUUACCUGG